CCCCAUCUAUUUUUUUCUCUGCAUAUGUGUAUAUAAGUACACUUGCAUAUCCCCAAAUUGUCUCUUUAAUUCUUUUUUUUGUUUUGCCAAAUUUUUUUGCCAAAAACUUUUUUCUUUGUUUAUUAUCUUUUUUAUUAAUAUUAUUAGUAGCACUAUUUUACCUUCUUUUUUUGCAAACAUUAACUUUAUUUUUUUUGCUCGUAUAUACUUGGAAAUGCCACCGUUUAACUUAUUCCAGAUGCAGCAGGGACAUCCACUCCAGCGGUUCAUGCUCUCCACCCCAAUGGAACUGGUCCAAAUGCAGCGUGACAUAAUCUCAGCUACACAGCCGCUGCAACUGCAGACAAGCUCAAAUUCCAAACACCCAACAAAUACCCAAAUCCAACCACCAUCGGUAUGGCCCUCGUAUCCUAUGAACACUAGCCCAGUUGCGCAGCCUCUGCUUGCACAGCUCCCCAACACAGUUGAUGCUGCUCCAGCCUCAAUUUCUGACACUUCUGGCACUUCUGGCAGCUUCUCUGGCACCUCUGGAACUACUGGUGCAUCUGCUUCAAUGUCUGCGUGGCCGCAGUUUCCUCAGAGUGCACAGCUCUCCUUGAACUUUCUCACACAAUAUGCGCAGCUCCCACAGGUCACGGCUUCGAUUUAUAGCAGCCAGUCUAUGACGUCGCCCAGCUGCCCGGAUUUUCAGCUGCUUGGAAUGUUUUCCCCUAUGGAUGCCACACUGUCGCUCUCUCCGCAGUUACCAUUUGCUGAAACAGCAGAUAUCAACACCAUCGCAGCAACACACCACCACCACCAGCACCACCAGCACCAGCAGGAGCAGCAGAGCUCUCUGGUUACUGUGCCAGAGGAUAUGUCUGCAUUGACUAAUAGCCUGCUUGGUCACAUUACAAACCACGGCAUGCAGGGCGUCUCUUGGGAAACCGUCUGCCGCAGCCUGCCGCAGAACAGCGCCGAGUUGAAUCGCAAUGCCAAUACACCAGACCACCUAACAGGUACACACUCUGCCAAUUCCCAGGGCACCAUGCCAGCAACACCGGGUUCAAUCACAGCCGGCAGCGCAAUGACCACAUUGUCCACAAUCACUAAAAAUGUGGGGAAACGCGCUGGCGGCAGGCGGUCAUUCAAGACUGACGAGCCAGCAGGCCUCGCCCACAUGACGUACUUUAAUGUCGACCAGUUUUACGAGGCGCAGCGGCUCAUCAGACGACAUGGUGAAAACUGGCUGCUGAUUGGACAAAUAAUGGGCAUACGCGGCGGCGACUUGGCAGAGAACUGGCGCGGAUACUCGGUACAUUCGAGGAUUACACGCGAGUGGACUGCGAGCGAGACUGAAAUCCUGGCCUUGUGCCGACAACUGGGCAUCCCCUGCCGCAUGGCGUCGCGGAUUAUUGGCUCAAAACUGCCUCUACAAUGCCGCCGCAAAACUCUGAAAAAACCAGAGAUUUCCUCGGUGGAGGAGCAGGAGAAGAGCGCAGACCAGGUGGAUCUGCAAGAGAAGGGGCCAGACUCGGUCAGCCAUGUGGCGUGGACCACUGGCCAUACUAACGUGCUGCACAAGACGCAGCUUAAUAUACCUGAAAUCGAUAACAUUCGAAUUUCCGAAUGUGUCGAAAUGCAAUGUCUCUCGGGUGGCCCGGUCAACUGGGCUGUGGUGAGCCAGCAAACCGGACUCCCAGUGAAAAAGUGUCUUGAGAACAGCCACUGUGACUCAGGCAAGCAGCCGUGGAUCUACUCUCCCGAGACGUUCCGCUGGGACAUGGCCGAGACACUGCGCACCUUAAUUAAUGAGUUUUAUCCAGCUCCUGAGCCCAUUAAUUUUGCAGCGGUGUCGAACUUUCUUUGGGUCUCAAUGCCCGAUUGUAUCACGAUGUACGGUUUGCUCUGUGGCCGGUUUGAUUGGAAUGCUUCGGCCCUGCAGGAACUGGCUAGAUUGUCGGCUCUGGGAUGGUCGGAUAUGCAGAUUGCGCGUCAGUUCUCGCCUACUAUGACUGAAAAUCGGGUGGCUCAGGCGCGACUGAUGUGGCGCGCCCAGCAGGCACAUUCUUCUUUAUCCUCUUCAUCUUCAUUGUCUUUGUCUAUGUCCCUGUCUUUGUUUGCCAACGGCGCGCUCAAUACCCAACAGCAGAAUCAGAAUCAGGAUCAACAGCAGCAGCAGCUAACAAUGCUUCCUGCAGAGCUGGACGCCCCAGCCAUAUCCUCGGCGCAAAACCUCGUCAACACGUACGUUGAGGACAGGUCUAUGGAGAUCACGCAGCUGCUCGACAGUGUUCGCUCCGCCCUAUCCGCUUACAACCAAGUGACAGCCGACAAAUGCGCGCUUAUCCUUAUCUGUGCACACCCACUGGGCGCCAGCAAGAUGUCUCGUCGCGCCCACCGCAAGCCCAAACUAACAGCACCUCAGCUAUCAACAGAAUUGAGCAAUAUUGGCAGUAAUGUUGUGGUUGUUGAUCCUGCGUUUUAUUCGGCAAAGUGGACAGAUGAGGAGACGGAACUGCUGGUUAGGUAUGCGGUGACUCAUGGCGCGGAUAGGAAUUGGAGGCAUUUUGCUGAUAUUGUUGCUACAAAGACACCUACUCAGUGCGCUAAUAAAUAUCGCUCACUGCGUAGGUACAAGAAAAUCGCAAUCUAAGUGUUUUAUGUUUAUAAGUGUUUUUUCCCCCUAUUAUAGUUUUUAUCUUUCUCGAUGUAUAUUUUCUUUUUUAUUACGAAUAGAUUAGCAUUUGUUGCUAUAAAUUA